UUUGUUACCAGUGGUGUCUCAAUGGAAACUUGAGCUCCCCUAGAAGUGCAUCUAAAGAGGUGAUCUUGACCAACAAAGACAUACAUGUAACCUCCCGUAGAAAGAUGAAAGCCAAGAAGCAACAAGAAGUUCCACACAAUCAACAAAGAAAAUUAGAAAAACAAAGCCCAAGCCCAACUGAACAUGCAUUAGUCCAAACAAUUAGAACCGAGUUUCAUUACAUAACACAAAAUGAGACAAUGAUGAACAAAAAUAUCUGGUUACAGCCUCGUCUUUCGUUACUGUACAAGUCUGUUCUAUGAGAGCAAAGUCACGAGCAAAGUUCAGCCAACUCUUCAACGAUGAGCAGGAAAUUUGAUGAGAAGCUUGCCCAACUAAAAAAGGCUGAACAAAGAUUUGUCAAGAGUAGAAUUUCAACUCCCAAGAUCCAAAGGGUACCUCUUUUGUUGCGACGUAAUGACAAGUUUGUGAAGUAUUGUACACCAAAGAUGAUAUCAUUUGGUCCCAUCCAUCAUGGUAGUGAAAUUCUAAAGGAAGGAGAGCAUUAUAAACUUCUAUGCACAUCAAAGUUUGUUGCAAAAUACAAUGAAAAUCAAGAUUCGGAUGAAGUGACACAAGUUUUGCUUAAAAGAAUAGAAGAUAACAUGGAAGAAUUGAAGAAAGAGUUUGCUGAUGACAUGAUAUUGGAAGGGAAGUAUGAUGACAAUGACCUUGCUUGGAUGUUGUUUGUGGAUGGAUGUUCUUUGCUUCAUUUCAUGGAAAAUCUUGAUAUACAGUGUCCAGAAGCACUAAACCUUAUGCUUCAUCAUCUAUUGCAAAUUUGCACAGAUGUAAUUUUGUUGGAAAACCAACUUCCAAGGAGUUUACUUGAGAUGCUAAGCAGAAAUGAAAGUCCCACGUUGGAAUUUUUAUUUUUCAAUGUUUUUAACUGGGGUGAACGGAAACUUCGUGGCUCAAGAAAUGUCAUUGUCCAAAAUCCUAAACCAAUUCAUUUACUCGAUUAUAAUCGCUCAAUAUACCUAAACCAGCAAGAUGAUGGUGAUAAAGACAACAAUUUUCAAAUAGACCCAAAUGUUGGCAAGUGGUAUACUUAUAAGAACAUACGAGAUCUAAAAAGAGCAGGGAUUCGGAUGAUACCAAAUUUGUCAGCAAAAAAUCCAUUUGCUUGA